AUGGAGCCGCCCGGCUGCCGUGUCCCCGGAGCCGCCAGCGGCUCCCGCGGCGGUCCCCGAGGCCCGCCCGGUCGCCCGCUCCUCGCCCUCUUCUUCUUCUUGCAGCUGCCUGCACUCGCCGCCGAGUCCCAGCCCCGCGUCUGGGGGGCUCCUGCGCCCCGCGCUCUGCACUGGAAUGAAACUGCAGAAAAAAAUGUUGGCGUCCUGGCAGAGGAAGACAGUCCAUGGCCACAGAACAGAAGCAGCAAUACCAGUCACAGCAAGGGCCUGCAGAAAGAAAUUAUUGUGCCCUCAAGACUCGUCUAUUACAUCAACCAAGACUCGGAAAGUCCUUACCAUGUUCUUGAUACCAAGGCGAGACAUCAGCAAAAACACAACAAGGCUGUUCACUUGGCCCAGACAAGCUUCCAAAUUGAAGCUUUUGGCUCCAAAUUUAUUCUUGACCUCACGCUGAACAAUGGUUUGCUGUCUUCUGAUUAUGUGGAGAUUCAUUAUGAAGAGGGGAAACCACAGUACUCCAAGGGUGGAGAGCACUGCUACUACCACGGAAGUAUUCGGGGCAUCAAGGACUCAAGGGCGGCUCUCUCAACCUGCAAUGGGCUACAUGGUAUGUUUGAAGAUAAUACCUUUGUAUAUAUGAUAGAACCACUGGACCUGAUUCAAGAUGAGAAAAGCACAGGGCGACCACAUAUAAUCCAGAAAACAUUGGCAGGACAGUACUCUAAGCAAAUGAAAAAUCUCAGCAUGGAAAGCAGUGACCAGUGGCCCUUUCUGUCUGAGUUACAAUGGUUGAGAAGGAGAAAGAAGAGAGCAGUAAGUCCAUCACGUGGUGUCUUUGAAGAAAUGAAAUACUUGGAACUUAUGAUUGUAAAUGAUCACAAAAUGUACAAGAAAUAUCGUUCAUCUCAUGCCCACACCAACAACUUCGCCAAGUCUGUGGUCAACCUUGUGGAUUCUAUUUACAAGGAGCAACUCAACACCCGGGUGGUCCUGGUCGCCGUGGAAACGUGGACGGAGAAGGACCAGAUUGAGAUCAGCACCAACCCUAUGCAGCUGCUCCAGGAGUUCUCCAAGUACCGUCAGCGCAUCAAGCAACACGCAGAUGCCGUUCACCUCAUCUCGCGGGUGACGUUCCACUACAAGAGAAGCAGCCUGAGUUACUUCGGCGGUGUUUGCUCCCGCACACGGGGAGUUGGGGUGAAUGAGCAUGGUCUCCCCAUGGCAGUGGCCCAAGUGCUGUCACAGAGCCUGGCUCAGAACCUUGGACUCCAGUGGGAACCUUCGAGCCGAAAGUUAAAGUGUGACUGUACAGAGUCAUGGGGCGGCUGCAUCAUGGAGGAGACUGGAGUAUCCCAUUCCCGAAAAUUCUCCAAGUGCAGCAUUUUGGAGUAUAGAGACUUUUUGCAGAGAGGUGGUGGAUCUUGUCUUUUCAACCGGCCAACAAAGCUAUUUGAACCCACAGAGUGUGGGAAUGGAUACGUCGAAGCUGGCGAGGAAUGUGACUGUGGAUUCCAUGUGGAGUGCUAUGGCUUGUGUUGUAAGAAAUGUUCUCUCUCCAAUGGAGCCCACUGCAGCGAUGGUCCCUGCUGCAACAGCACCUCAUGUCUUUUUCAGCCACGAGGCUAUGAUUGUCGGGAUGCUGUGAAUGGGUGUGACAUCACUGAGUAUUGUACCGGAGACUCUGGCCAGUGCCCACCCAAUCUCCAUAAGCAAGAUGGAUACGCAUGUAAUCAGAACCAGGGUCGCUGCUACAGUGGAGAGUGCAAAACCCGUGACAACCAAUGUCAGUACAUCUGGGGAACAAAGGCAUCUGGGUCAGACAAGUUCUGUUAUGAAAAGCUGAAUACUGAAGGCACAGAGAAAGGGAACUGCGGGAAGGACGGGGACCGGUGGAUUCAAUGCAGCAAACAUGAUGUGUUCUGUGGAUUUUUACUUUGUACCAAUCUCACUCGAGUGCCUCGUAUUGGUCAACUUCAGGGUGAGAUCAUCCCAACUUCCUUCUACCACCAAGGCCGGGUGAUCGACUGCAGUGGUGCUCAUGUGGUUCUAGAUGAUGACACAGAUGUGGGCUAUGUGGAAGAUGGAACACCCUGUGGCCCCUCCAUGAUGUGUUUAGAUCGGAAGUGCCUACAGAUUCAGGCCUUGAAUAUGAGCAGCUGCCCACUUGAUUCCAAGGGUAAAGUCUGUUCAGGCCAUGGGGUAUGUAGUAAUGAAGCCACCUGCAUCUGUGACUUCACCUGGGCAGGGACAGACUGCAGUAUCCGGGACCCCAUUAGGAACCUUCACCCACCCAAGGAUGAAGGACCCAAGGGUCCUAGUGCCACCAAUCUCAUAAUAGGCUCCAUCGCUGGUGCCAUCCUGGUAGCAGCCAUUGUCCUUGGGGGUACAGGAUGGGGAUUUAAAAAUGUCAAGAAGAGGAGGUUUGAUCCUACCCAGCAAGGGCCCAUCUGAGCUGCACUGGAUGAAAAGCCCUCUGCUCACAGGGACACUGGGUAUGACCCACUUGCAGUGUUGUUUCCAGAACUGCGAAUUCUAUACACAAGAACCCAGAGUGGUCAUGACUACCAAACUACAGAUGUGGGGACAGGGAUGAGGCAAAGAAAACUGUCCUUUGGGGAACUUAUUUCAAAGAACCUCUUGCACCUGUCACUAAAUGGGAUGAAAAA